AUGUCAUACAAUUCUUAUCAGAAUCACCAACAAGGUGGAAGGGUCCACAAACAACCGUACAACCAACGAGAAUCGUCACUGAAUUUUCAGCAAAACUUUGACCAUCAACUUGCCAGCCAAGAUAAGAAGCAGGCUUUCCGAAGAACAGUUGAUCAUGGAAACAACAUGGCACGGUGGUUUAUUGAAAAGUCGAUUGGUGUAAACACACGACACCAGCAACAUAUUGGAGCGGUUCGGCCUGAGAGUUCCUAUUUGAUCGACUUGCUCCCGUCAUUGGCAUAUUCGUCAAGUUUCAAUCUAAACAGAAGAAAUAAUAAAAACAAUUUAGGGGCAUUGGACUUGGAAACGAAAUUGGUGCAUUUAAGUUCAAAUAAGGUGAAGCAUUCCAUAAAUACCGUGAAAUGGACACCCGAAGGACGUAGACUAUUGGUGGCAUCGCACUCAGGUGAGUUUACCUUAUGGAAUGGAAUGACAUUUAAUUUUGAAACCAUUAUGCAAGCUCAUGAAAGUCCUAUAUUGACCAUGCAGUAUUCCAACAACGAUGAAUGGUUGCUAAGUGGAGACCAAAAUGGAACGGUAAAAUACUGGCAACCCAACUUCAACAAUGUCAACAAUAUAACCGCACAUUCAAAUGGGCUACGAGAUAUUGCCUUUUCCCCAAACGACUCCAAGUUUCUAACUUGUGGUGAUGAUUCAAUGCUAAAGAUUUGGAACUUUAGUAACGGACAAGAGGAGAGGACGUUAACUGGACACAAUUGGGAGGUAAAGAGUGCUGAUUGGCAUCCAGAUUUAGGCCUUGUCGUUAGUGGAUCCAAAGAUAAUUUAGUCAAAUUAUGGGAUCCUCGUGCUUCACAAUGCAUUGCUACGUUACACGGAUUUAAACACACGGUAAACACAACACGGUUUCAACCUUGUGGGACAAAGAGAUUGUUAGCCUCGGUCUCGCGUGACCGUUCCUGUCGUAUAUUUGACUUGACAGCAAUGAAGGACAUGUUGGUAAUUCGCGAUUCAGAAACCGAUCUUUCGUGCUGCGCAUGGCAUCCACUACACGCAUCAAUGUUGACUACGGCGGCAUUUAAUGGGUCCAUGAAUCAUUACUUGUUGAACUCAUCCAUCCUCGACUCCAACGAUGCAAAGAAAGGAAAUAGUAGUUUCCAAACAGCAUCUAUCGACAAUGUCCACCAUAUUCCAUAUGCCCACGAAAAGGCUAUUCACGCCUUGGAGUAUCAUCCAAUGGGCCAUCUCCUUUGUUCAGCUGGAUCAGAUAAGACGGCUCGAUUUUGGUCACGCGCUAGGCCCAAUGACCCCAUGGCUUGGAAAGAUGCGGUGUAUACUGAUGACAAGAUUGGGGCAUGGUAUUACGCAUUGAAUAACAAUGUGAAUGCAGUGAUGGAGGAAUCUAGUGGGUGA